GUCAGGACUCGAUGUGGCUUCGUCGCAAGGGAGGUUUAUCGGCGCGCAUCUCGAUGACAAACUGCGCGCACGGGUGAUCCAUGAAUCAAAGUUGCCGCGAAAUCGCGCGGGCUUGUCGCGUACGGGUCGCCCGGUCGAUCGCCUCGACGUGCUCCGCAAGUGCCGGCCGAUGACCCGGGAGCUUGGACUUUUGGAAAACGCGUCCUCGCGAUAGGGAGCGUCCCUUCCGUUCCUCAGUGUUCAGGUGCGCGCGAUCGUCGAAAUAUUAUCGGAAUUCACUCGGCAAGAGUGCGUGCCACGCACGUGACUCGCGACUCUUCGCACCGACCGCGUUGUCGCUCGUGCGUCAAUCCCGGGGGUGUACAGGAUCUGCGACUUGCAGACGCGCGUCGAGAGAGCGAUUCACGAGUCGUGAACGCACGUGUUCUCCAUCCGUCCCCUGACUGCGCGCGCGAAAUCCCUGGUGACACGCGUGUGAGAAAAAAUCGCCCGCGGAUCGGUCGCGUUUCGUGUGUACCGAGUAAAUUCCGUGUCGGGUGUCUGCACAGCAGCGUGUUCGCUUCAACAGCUAUACGCUGGCGGCGGUCGGGACUGUUGGUUGUGCUUGAAUCGAUACAGCAUCGACUGCAGUAUCGCGAUUAACUUUGCCCGUUGAUACACCUGCGGUUCAUUGCUCUGUUCUCGGCUGAUGUUCGGCUAGAUCGACACACGGGGGCACAGCGUAACGGAAAGUACACUCACAGUGCUGCGUGAUGACCCAAACGAUGACUUUCGUUUCGUGAGUCACCGGUGCCACGAAAUUUCUGACCUGUGAGUGAUCGCCGGUAGCCGGCGAGACGAAGAGAACAUCGCUGUCAGCGAGCCAGUCAGCUUAGCCCGACAGAAGCCGCUGCUUUAUUCCACUCGAUCACCCACGCGCGUGGUUUAGGGGAAAUCGAGGGCGAUCUGUGACGACGAUUCGAAUGAUUUUCGCGAUUUAGAGUCUGCUUAUUUUCAAGAGCCGCGCCGCGCGUCCCAUUGAUCGGGCGUCGCGGAGGAAGAGGCAUUUGACGGUCGUCGGAAACGGACGCGCCCUGUAAAUUCUCCAGAGUGCUCCGGAAACAUAUCGAACUCGUAAGUCGGUUGCGCGAGCGCACUCAGUGGACGCAUAGCGCGGAUUUUCGACGGAAAUCCCAAAGCGCGCCGAAUCCGCUUUGCAUGUUCGCUCGCAUUCUGACGGACAUUUCAUUUCAUUUCGCGGUGGUUCACCGCGAUCGAAUGCAUUAGUAGGAACUGCGACAGGCGCCGAGACAGAAGCGCACUCGGAAUCCGAAGAUCCACCCUCGAGAGGAGACCGCCGCCGCCGCCGCCACUGUCGGGUGCUGCAACACCCUCCCCCGUUACGGACAAUAAAACUACAAUCGCCACUCAGAGGGCUGUCAGCGAAAGCUUUGCUCCGCUACGGAUCCGUUUAUCCGCGCAAAUCCAGCGAUCAUCUGCUCGCCCAACAUACCCGUGAAAUCCUAUGGCAGCAACAAAUUUACCUAACGGGGCACGCAUCGAUCACGGAAUAGGAGGAAGGAUAACAAACGGCGUCAACGGCCCGGAGCGAAUAAAGUUUCAACUGCUCAUAACCUCCGUUUAAAGAAUUAUAUCCAUCGGUAUUCAGCGGAAAAAUUUUAUCGGGGGAGAGUGAAAGAGAGACAGAUAGAGAGAGAACGUGACAGAAGGAGAAUAUCAUCGGGAAAAUCGGAAAAUCUAGCGGAAAAACGACUGCACACUUGAAUCAUCGCGGAGAUCUUCAAAGGGCGAUCACCUUACACGAUGUGAGGAAGACAAAGAUCGCGCUUUAUAGAAUGGCAACGCCGAGUGGCGAUAGCACACGCUAUCGUUAGGAGUCUCGCGUUUCGUUCUUGAGAGACGCCUGGAAAUACAAAUAGCUGGCGUUUUAUUAAACGAAGAUAGGUAGGUGAGCGACGAGACGAAUAGGGGACGCGGCCACGCAUCGUUCGUGUUGCUUCGCGGUGAACAGCAACGACAACAGCAGCAGCAACAACGACGACGACGGCGGCGAAGAGAAGCGGACGAUGUGGACGGCGGCGCGAUGCAGCAGCAACAACACCGGCAGCAGCACCAGCAGCAGCAGCAGCAGCAACGACAACGGCGAGAGCGGCAGCGACGUUGGGGGUUGCAAUUAGUGUCGGCUCGCAACGGCCGCGCGACUACGUAACGACUGAAGAGGGGUGCGAGCAGGGUCGGCCGUUAGGGGGUCGAGGGUGUGUGCAGUGCGCGUGAAAGGGGGACAAAAUGUGGUGGAGGUGGCGGUGGAGUGUCGUGACGACGACGACGACGAUGGUGCUGGUCUUGGCAGCCGCCGCGGCGUACUCGCCGUCGGUGGAACUAUCGGAUCUGGAUAAGCCGAUACCGACCGUUACUAUUGACGGCGUAGUCGGGAACAAGGCGCAGCUCCCUUGCGAUAUUCGUUCCGCCGAGAAUGACGAAGUCAGCAUGGUACUUUGGUACAAGGAAGGCGGGAAUGAACCGAUUUACAGCUUUGACGUUCGCGGCCGCCGGCAGUUCAGCAACGCCCAUCUCUGGUCGUCGCCCAAGGCAUUGGGACCAAGAGCUUUUUUUAUCACGGUGACGAAUCCAGCGCACCUCAGCAUCGAUCGGCUGGAGAGCAAGGACGAGGGGAUCUAUCGGUGCCGGGUGGACUUUAGAAACUCGCCGACGCGGAAACAAAAGAUGAACUUAACCGUUAUAGUGCCUCCAUCGAAGCCGAUAAUAUUGGAUGGGGAGACGAGGAACGUUUGGAGCAUCGAGAAACCGUACAACGAGGGGAGCGACGUGAACCUGAUUUGCGAGGUUCGAGGUGGCAAGCCACCCCCGAAGCUGACGUGGUACCUCGACAACAACGUGAUAGACGAGUCCUAUCACUACAACGCCGAGACCGGGGUAACGGUUAACCACUUGGCGUAUCCUAAAAUUGGGCGACAGCAUCACAAGGCGAGACUAAUCUGCCAAGCGAGCAACACGAACCUGGUGCCACCGCAAACCAAACUGCUCAUCCUCGACGUGAAUCUAAAGCCAUUGGUAGUUCAAAUCCUGACGAAGGAAGCGCGAGUCUCAGCCGACAAAAAUUACGACGUGGAAUGUCGUACGAGUGGCUCACGGCCGGAGGCAAUGAUCACGUGGUGGAAAGCAAACAAGCCGAUCAAGAAGAUGGUUCAAACCUAUGCGCGCGAGAACAAUGAGAACAAUCAGAGCCUGAGUAUCCUGAGCUUCGUGCCAACUAUAGAGGACGACGGUAAAUAUUUGACGUGCCGCGUGGAAAAUCCCGCUAUACCCGACAGCGCGUUGGAGGAUAAGUGGCGGCUCGACGUGCAAUACCAGCCGGUGGUCAACUUGAGGAUGGGCGAAACUCUGAAUCCGGACGAUAUCAAGGAGGGCGACGACGUGUACUUCGAGUGCAAAGUGAGAGCGAAUCCGAAGGUGUACAAGCUCGCUUGGUUCAAAGAUGGCAAAGAACUGAAGAACAACGCCACUGCAGGUGUGGUCCUCAGCGAUCAUUCGCUGGUCCUGCAAGGUUUGACCCGUUACUCCGCCGGCGACUACACCUGUCUCGCGGCGAACAGCGAGGGGAAGACCGCCAGUAAUCCCGUAUCUCUUCAGAUAAUGUAUACGCCGGUGUGUAAGGAGGGCAGAAGCGAAGUGGUGGUUGGCGCUUUGAAACAGGAAACCGUGUCGUUAGUGUGUUCCGUAGAGAGCCAUCCGGCUCCAUUGACUUUCCAUUGGACAUUCAAUAAUUCCGGCGAGCUGAUGGAGGUACCGCACUCGCGUUAUUCCCACGCAUCGGCGCCCGGCACACCGUCCGUCGCAGACAGUUUGAAAGAGUACCAACAGUUUCACGGAUCCAGACUCAACUAUACGCCAGCUACGGAAAUGGAUUACGGUACGGUGGCAUGCUGGGCGAGCAACCAGGUUGGCAAGCAACGAACACCCUGCCUCUUUCAGGUCAUAGCCGCGGGUCGUCCGUACGCUCUUCACAAUUGCAGCGCCACGGAGAUGUCGGCGCCUCUGGACAUGGAAGAACUCAGUACCAAGUCAGGGACGGGACUGAUGGUCCGAUGCCUGGAGGGUUACGACGGAGGUCUUCCGAUAUACAGUUAUCAGCUUGAGGUCGUGGCCGACGAGGAGGGAGGUCCGAUUCUGCUAAAUAAAACUCAACCGGCGAGUCCUAACGGGCCGACCUUCGAGGUCGCGGGUUUAACCACGGGCAGGAGCUAUCGACUCUUUCUCUACGCGAUUAAUGCAAAAGGGAGAAGCGAGCCUGCCAUUCUGGAGCCGGUAACCCUAAAAGGUGUCGCCAUGUAUACGACCGGCAACACCAACGCAUCGAUGCUGAAUCCGUUGUUGCUGGGCUUGGCAGCCACGGCGACCCUUUUGGUCCUGGCCGUAGCUGUAAUCGUAGUGGCGCUCUGCCGGAAGCACUUCACCGGCCGACCCGGGAGUCCAAAGCACGCUCCCAUCGUGUGCGAGCCGCCUAAUGCAGGUGCAACCACCCCGGUGCACCCUCAGACCAAGCAGGCGGUCGAUGACAUCGAUCCGGACAUCAUACCCAACGAGUAUGAGAGAAGACCCCUAACGUACACUCCCGUCUACAAGACACCGCCACAACGACGGAAGAAAGACCGAGCCACCGACGAAGAUGCCUCGCCGGAAAAAAGGCCAAUCGUUCAGCACGGUCUAGAUUUGCCCCCGGAUCCAAUGCUAACUGACUGCCUGCCAACGCCUACUUUAAAUUACCCGCAGAAUCACGUGUCUAAACAGAGCACUUAUAAUCAUCCGCCCACGAUGGCAGAUUUCAAGCAGAUGGCGAUGGACGCGUACAAUCAGCGUAACAACCAAAACAUAUAUUAUAGCCUUCAAAGGACGAGCAAAGGGCUUUCGUCGAUGCCGCAAAGGCCCGUCUCGUCGUCGGUCUCCGCGCAAGGCAAAUUCCAUCAGCCGGAAGUGGUGACACGCUCGAAUCGGAUACAAGAGAGUUGUAUAUAAGUUCGAAGGGACUCCCCGCGGGAUCAACCUCGUGAGCUUCUGAGACGCCAUCGCCGCCGGCGAUUAUAUUUGCACGCGUAAAUGUAACGAGCGCGCGGAUGGUGAGGAGCGUUGCAGAGAGAGAGAGAGAGAGAGAGAGAGAGAGAAGGAAAGAGAGAGAGAGAGAAAGACCCGUGGAUCCCUGAGACGCGAUCGCGAGGUCUAACGCGGCAUCUUCCCAAUAGUUGUAUGCGAGAAAGAGAGAGUAAGAGAGAGAGAGAGAGAGAGAGAGAGAGAGAGAGAGAGAGAGAGAGAAAGUAUGUAUGUAUUUGUUUGAGAGGAAAAGAGAGAUAUACUUAACGUUUACUGUACAAAACUGUAGAGGCUGGUUGGGUGUUCCGGAUCGUAUUGACGGGAACGCGGUCUCUCCUCGAUAUUACAUUAAAUCGAUAUCGUCGCUACCGGAGGUGGCUAUGUUUUCGUACAUAAUUUUGCAGGAGAGACGAGAUAAACGACGUUAGCGCAAGUCUUAGAGAAGAAGCCCCGUACACGUCCGGAAAUAUUUCUUUACUGACAUUACUGAGAUAUAAGCGGUAUAUCGUACGUACAAAAGAGUCUAACCCCUAAGUAGUUAAUGUCAAUAACGAGAGAGAUGAGGCUGGGUCGAAGCGUAUGGGCUAAGGGAUAUCUCCGACGGCGCUUUAUACUUUAUUCAUACUCCCGAUUUCGCGAGAGUCGCGCGCAGGAUAUCUUUUUAUAUGGACCUCACGUGAAAAUUCUUUUGGAACUUUUACAAUCUACAAACUAUCUUCGAGUCGGCCUCGCAGUCUCCUGCGAGGAAAUAUGGUUAGAAAAGAAAUGGAGAUGGGGUGGGGAGAGGAGAAGAAGAGGAAUGUGUGUGUAUGUAUGUGUGUGUAUGUAUGUAUAUGAGUUUGCGAACGUAGCUUAUCCAGCCUUAUCCUCGAAAUACUAACGAUAUUAAUGUGAUCGUAUUCGAAGCUCACCACUGCUCAUGUUUUUCGUACGCAAAAUUUUUUAUAACGACCCGAAAGAGAAAAAGCGUAUUCGUUCGAGAGACUUUUCGCCGAAACCCGAGAAAGAUCCUCUCUUUAAGGAGCGACGUCUUCGUUCCCGAUCAUCGACGCGGCACACGGACGUGGGUUUUACUGUUUAUAUAUGAAACUAGUUUUUGUACAAAGAUCUAUUGUAAAUAGACACGAGCCUGGUCCUAGAGUUAUAGUCACUACUGUCCGAAUUUCAAUCCGUUACACGUUAAGAUAUGUCCGAUCGCGUAAGAUAAAACUCGAUGGCAUACGAAUACGAAUAAAGAGAAUACGUUUCAUCUGUUUUACACAAA